UCCUUUAAAUUCAAACCUAUAUUAAUUAUUUUUUUUCUGGAAAAUAUAUUUGAAGAUACAUUAUUACAACAUACACGAAAUUUCAAUGGGUAAUUAAUACUUUGGCUUCUGUCACGAAAUUGUCACGAAAUUUCCAUUGCUAUGUAUGUAAGAAUAUAAUCUCUCAAAGAGAAGAUCGACUCACUAAUGGCGUUACAGCGAGAACUCUUUCAUGCUUCAGGACCUCUCCACUUGCUAAAUUCUUUCGAUUGGAGAAACACGUUUCAUCGAAGAUCCCUUGUUGCAAGCCUUGUUCAAGGAGUUAAAAUUCUGGAAAAGGAUCGUCAACGUCGAAGCAUUCAACAGGAUGCUCAUGCUCACGCUCCUCCAUGGUGGGAAGGAUUUCACUUUCAGUUGAAUCACGUUCUAGUAGAUGAUAAGAAUUCCUACUUUGGAGCUAUUUUCGAGCUCAAAUAUGCAAAUCCAUUAUUCUAUCAAUCAACCCCGACCCCUCCGAAAUAUGUGAUAGCCUUUCGAGGCACAAUCACCAGAUCUAUAACGAGAUCUGACGAUAUGAAACUAAACAUCAAGUUAAUUUUUAAUAAACUCGAAAAAACCUCACGAUUUCAAAAAGCUUUUGAAGCCGUUUGGAACACGGUAAUGAUGGUGGGGCCAACAAACGUCUGGUUAGCCGGACAUUCGUUAGGUGCGUCUAUGGCGAUGCUCGCUGGGAGGAACAUGAUGAAGGCUCGAUGUAAUCUCGAAACGUAUCUCUUCAAUCCACCUUUCCUCUCCCUUCCAAUCGAGAAGAUGAUAAAAAACGAAACGUUGGAAUUUGGCGUCCGUAUCGCCGGUAGUCUCUUAAAGGCCGGAAUUGCAAAGGCGAUUAACAUUUACCGUAAAGAUCCAGAAGAAGAUCUGUUUGCUGCGUUGUCUGAAUGGAUGCCGUAUAUGUUUGUGAAUCCAUCAGAUCCGAUCUGUGCGGAAUACAUUGGGUAUUUUGAACAUAGGGUGAAGAUGGAGGGAAUCGGAGCCAGAAGUAUCGAGAGGACCGCGACCAGACAUACUAUGAGAAGUCUGGUGUCCGGCGCAGUGGGGAGGGAUUCGGAACCGUUGCAUCUGCUACCGACGGCUUAUAUGACGGUGAAUAAUCGUCCAUCGGAGAAUUUCAAACAAGCUCAUGGAAUUCAUCAAUGGUGGCAACAACAUUUUCAAUGGCAAUCGAUGCUAUACAAAUUUAACUAGCGAUUUCUUAAUCUCUCUUCCCCUUGCGUGAUUGCAAGAUGGAAAACGGAAUUGAUUGAUUAUUAUUUACUCAAAGAUUGGAUUGGAAGUUUUUUUUUUGGACAAUAUAUGUUCUAUGUUUCUUCAAAUAUGAACCACCAAUAAAUUUCCUUUUGCAUGAA